CGCUUGCAUGUCGCGGUCUUGUCGGGCAGGACUACUGAUCACUGCACAUAUUGAUCAGGCCGGCUCUCCAUCUUCCCAUAUCGAGACCCUUGGACCACCUCCUCAGAAUUGCACGAGAGGAGAAGCGACACAUGCAGGACUUCCAGAGUUCUGGCGCCAGUUCUUUCCUUCUCUUUCAUGCGCAGAUGAAGCGGCGCGAUCCCCUGCGGCUGCUCGCAAGCAGUCCACAUAACACCGCCCGGUGAUGGCCCUAGAUGUACAAUCGCUGCUGGAGUCACUGAACGAUGCUCCAGACGUAUCGCAAGGCCCGGUCCUGGAACGGGUGAUAUGGACGCUUCUGGCCUUCUCCAUCAUUAUUGUGGCCCUUCGCUUCUAUGCCAAAAUCAAGAAGGCGAGGAGGCUGUUCGUGGACGACUACUUGAUGCUGAUUGCUCUGGCCUUCGCGAUCGCCCACGCUGCCUUGACACAAGUGUCGGUCGACGCCGGCUUGGGCCGACACAUCGUCUACAUUCCUCUCGAUCACUUGCGGCGGACUAUGAAAUAUGGCGUCUUAUCCCUCCUUCCAGGAUUUCUCAGCCCCAUGUUUGGCAGACUGAGCUUCAGUUGCACGCUGCUCUACCUCAUCGACACUGAUGCCCGCAUAAAAUCUUGGCCCGUGUAUGCUUCAAUAUUCAUGCAAGCCGCCAUCAAUGUCAUCGGCGUUGUUGUGUUUUACUCGCAGUGCGGAUCCGAAGUCGAUGCUUUCUGGACGCUGGAGAAACAAUUGAGGUUCGACGAAAUCUGCUGGAAUCCUCGAAUUCAAACCAAUUAUGGAUACUUCAUGGGGUCCUGGAACACGGUCACGGAUUUCUAUCUUGCUGUGCUCCCAGCAAUCUUGAUUCACCAUUCGACGAUGUCGCUCAAGAGGAAAGUGGGCGUUGCAGCUCUGUUAUGUCUGAGUUUCCUUGCCAUGGCUUCGUCGAUUGUAAAGACGUACGAGGCCAAAGUUCUUAGCGUAUUCUCCGACUAUACAUACAGCCUAUGUGCAUAUGUCAUUGCACUUUCCGUGGAACUCAACGUUGUCAUUAUCACAGCUUCCCUUCCAUUUCUUCGUCCAUUGGUACCCAAGAAAUGGCAAAGCCGAGCACCACCUCUUCCCGCUCUCCAUGAUAUUCCGAUUCAUCAGCGGACUCGCCAAGGUCAUAUUCCUCUCUCUUCAGGCUUCACGAGCAAGAACCAUAGUCGGACCAACACGAUCGAGAUGACGAGUCCGAUCAGUCCGAUGAGUCCGAUGAGUCCUGAUGUAAUGGGAUUUCAACCUGCCGCAUCGGGGAACUGGGUUUUGAGGUCUGAUCAUGGCGCCAUCACCGUGACGACGGAAGUUGAGGUCACGUAUGAGAAGAUGGAAGCACCGUUCUUGCAUGCUGCGUUGGUGGGAUUGAUUCAGGGCGAGAUGAUGAACCCAAGGCUGAGAAGGGUGUGAGCAACAGGGUCAUGAAAGUUCUCUCUUUUGCCUGUAUACUUGGUGUAAGAUAUUAUGAGUGAUGAGACUGUAAUUGAAGACGGAGGUAUGGUGAAGCGUUUGAGGCGUUUGUCGUGGGUCAUUACUUGUACUUUGAUACCUUUCCGUCGAAACCGAUUGUCAAUUCCAGCCUUGGCAAGUGGCGAACCUUCCUCUGCAACCUCUCGAUGGAAGUUGACAGAUCAACGCACCAACAAGUGAGC